UAGAGAGGUUUAAUCUGAAUAAGUGCGGCAACGUCGCUUCCAUUUGGCAGUCAUAGUGCAAGACCGACUGGGCGUGAAACUCGCCCAAAGUUUGCGUGAAAAGUGUGUGUUUUUUUAGAUAUGUGACCCUUGGAUUACUACAAAAGAAAACAACAUAAAAUAGUACAUCAAAAAUGUCCUUAUCCCUACGAAUCAACAUCGUCGACAGCAAUGUCACAAAAACGAUCGUAUUUAGUCCGUCAACGACUGUUCACGAUGCAUGCCGAAUUAUUCGAGAAAAAUGUACCGAAGUACAAGGCCAACCCAAAGACUAUGGCCUUUUCCUCACUGACGAAGAUAACACCACAGGAGUUUGGUUAGAACCAGCUAGAAACCUUGAAUACUACAUCCUCAAAAAUGGAGAUACUAUCGAGUACCGUAAGAAACUCCGAACCCUUAGAGUUAAAAUGCUUGAUGGAACAGUAAAAACUAUGCUGGUGGAUGACUCGCAGAUAGUAGCCAACUUAAUGGUGGUCAUCUGUACGAAAUUGGGUAUCACUAACCAUGACGAGUAUUCCCUAGUCCUGGAGGAGCCUGAGAAUCAAGAAAACAUCGAAAAUCGAAACUAUGGAACCCUUACUCUGAAGAGAAAAAAAGAGGAAAGAGAACGUGAUGCAAAAAUGGAAAGUCUUAAAAGGAAAUUGCAUACUGAUGACGAAGUGAAUUGGCUGGAUCCCUCCAAGACUCUUAGAGAGCAAGGCAUCGACGAGCACGAAACAGUGCUACUUAAAAGAAAAUUCUUCUUUUCGGACCAGAACAUUGAUUCAAGAGACCCAGUGCAAUUGAACUUAUUGUAUGUGCAAGCCAGAGAUGCAAUUUUAAAUGGGGCACACCCAAUUACUCAAGAGAAGGCCUGUGAAUUUGCUGGGAUUCAGUGCCAGAUUCAGUUUGGAGAUUACAUCGAGAGCAAACAUAAACCUGGAUUUCUAGACUUGAAAGAAUUCUUGCCUCAAUCAUACACGAAAAUCAAGGGAAUCGAAAAGAAAGUAUUUCAAGAACACAAGAAAUGCACAGGUUUAAACGAGCUUGAAGCCAAAGUAAAGUACACCAAGACCGCACGCUCCUUGCCAACCUAUGGAGUGACAUUUUUCCUGGUUAAAGAAAAAAUGAAGGGUAAAAACAAACUGGUCCCAAGACUCUUGGGAAUCACCAAGGACUCUGUGCUCAGACUAGAUGAGAAGACUAAAGAAACCAUGCAGACCUGGCCUUUGACUACUGUUAGAAGAUGGGGUGCUUCUCCAAACACGUUCACCCUAGAUUUCGGAGACUAUUCCGACCAGUACUAUUCAGUACAAACAACAGAAGCUGAGCAAAUCCAGCAAAUCAUCGCGGGAUAUAUUGACAUUAUUUUGAAGAAGAAACAAGCCAAGGAUCACUUUGGAAUUGAUGGGGACGAGGGCAGUACCAUGUUUGAAGAAAGCGUAGCUCCUCACAAAGCUUCCAUCAUUCAACACGAAAGCAGCAACGUCGGAAAACUCGAUGUUCAUUCAGUGGCAAAACCGGCAGUUUUAAGAGGCGGGGAUUCUGGACAAAAACUUAUACAUAUGGGCGCGAUGGAAAGUCCGAAAUUAUCCACGAUUAGUGGCCAGGCAAACUUAACUCAUACCCCUCCUAUUACGUCAUACAGGGAAACCAAAGUGCACUCGCUACUAUCGGAACCACAGAGGGCGUUAAUUUCAACGAUCGAGGCAACCCACACGAAAAUCAAAGAGUCGGAGAUCGAAUUGGAAACCAGAGCUCAUUAUCCGGAAAUCGGCACGGACGUGGCCUCUAAGAAAUGGAAACAGGUUACUCUGGAUACCAGCAAGCAGAAUGUCGGAAGUCAAAUUGCUGCUAUGAAUGCUGCCACUGCGCAGGUCGUAACAUUGACCUUGGCCCAAGAAGAGGUAGACCAUCAUGCAGUAGGCGCCGCUAUUACCACCAUAGGAAGCAAUCUGCCAGAAAUGACAAAAGAAGUGAAAAAGAUCAUUGCUUUUACCGACGACGAAAAUAUGGGCGACAAACUUUUGGACGCUACCAGAACCUUAUGUAAAGCCUUUAGUGACCUUCUUAAGGCCGCUGAGCCUGAAUCCAACCAGCCUCGUCAACAGCUUCUUAACGCAGCCUCCCGCGUUGGUGAAGCCAGCACCCAAGUUUUAGCCAGCAUUGGCGAAGAUACUGCCGAGAAUAAGGAGCUACAAGACCUUCUGAUGUCUUUGGCCAAGGCUGUGGCUAACACCACUGCCGCAUUGGUCUUGAAGGCUAAGAAUAUUGCUUCGACCUGUGAAGAUCAACAAACCCAGAACAGAGUUAUUGGGGCAGCGACGCAAUGCGCUUUAGCCACAUCUCAACUUGUGGCAUGCGCGAAAGUAGUUGCUCCGACGAUCCAGUCCCCUGCUUGUCAAGAACAAUUGACGGGGGCGGUACGCGAGGUUGCCAAAGCAGUUGAGCAUUUAGCCGCCAUUUGCAACGAAGCUUCGACCAAUGAUGACUUAAACAACCAAUUGAAAGAUGCCGCCGCUGAGGUUACUAGAUCUCUAAAUGACCUGCUGAAUCAUAUUAAACUAGCAUCGAGAGAAAAGGCCAAAGAAUCAGUACAGGAACAUAGUGUUGAAGAGAUUUACACUGCUACAGACAAAUUAUCCGCUUCUACCGGGGACGCCAGUGAAAUGGUUCGCCAAGCGAGAAGAUUGGGCAACGCUACUGCACAACUAAUCCAAAGUAUAAAGGGCGAAGCUGAACGUUUACCGACCAACACAGACAUUCAACGUCGACUUUUGGCCGCCGCUAAAACUUUAGCUGACGCCACUGCUAGAAUGGUCGAAGCAGCAAGACAAUGUACCGAAUACCCACACGAUAUCAAAUAUCAGGAUCAACUGCGAAGAACAGCCGAAGAUCUAAGAGAUGUAACUAUUGUUGCUGCCACCACGCCAGCGUUAAGAGCGAAACUGGUGGAUAGAGUUCAAGUGUGUGCCCAAAGAGCUAUUUCUUCUGCGACUCAAUGUAUUACAGCAGCACAGACCAGUCAUGAGUACAAUGCGAAUCCCGCGACUAGGGAAGCUCUGAUACAAGACACUAGGGAAUUGGCCGAUCAAAUUCCACCAUUGGUGGAAAGUAUUCGGUCUAAUGGGCAACACCCUGAUGAUACGAAUGCUCAGAGCGAGCUUAUGUACGUUGCUGAGGUCUUUUUACAUCCCGCCACUCAUUUCGUUCAAACUUCUCGUACAGUUUUGCCAACAUUAACGGACCAGUCUAUAACAGAACAAUUGUCGUUUACUAGUCACCAGCUUAAUUCGGAUCUGAGUGAACUCAGGAGCGCUAUAAGCAGAGCCAAACCAGCUUGUCAAGGUCUUGGCUUAGAAGGACCCUCCCAACUGAUCGAUGACCUCCAAGAAGAACUAAGAGAAUUCGAAAGGGCGGUAGAUGCCCAUAGAUUACGUCCCCUGCCGGGAGAUUCAGCCGAAAAGGGAGCCCAACAACUCAUUUCCAGUAGCAAACUGGUGAACCAAGGAGUUGCACAGCUGCUAAGCGCAACCGCCCAAGGAAAUGAGUUAUAUAACUCCCAAGCUGCACGUGAUACUUCGCACAGUCUAAGAAACUUCACUGGGGCCGUCAGAUGUAUCGCAGCUACCAGCGACAACCCGGAGCUGCAAAGAAAGAUUAUACAUUCAGGGCAAGAAGUUUUAGGUCACUCGGCGAGGCUUUUGGAAGAAUCUUAUCGAAGUCUACACACCGUGGACACCACUCCGACUCUACAGAAGGUGGCCAAGAAUGUCAGCGCAGCGUUACAGAAAACUAUUGGCUGUUUGCCUGGUCAGAAAGAUGUCGAUACUGCCAUUACUAAUAUAAUUGAAUGGACAUCUACAUUGGAAACUGGUGAGUUUCCACCCACGAACAAGACUUACGGAGAGCUGCAACAAGAACUUACCACUGCCGCCGCCAAUUUGGACCAAGCCAGCGCAGAAGUCGUUCACUCCGUUCAUCACCCUGUUCAACUAGCCUCUUCCUCCAAAGAUUUCUCUUCAGCUUUCCAUGACCUCCUUCAUGUUUCAAUGGAAAUGGCAGGCGAAACUAAUGAAACUCACGUAAGGGGUGAAAUGGUAGAUUCGUUGAAAAGUGUCUCCACGUCAUCCAGCGCGUUGCUUACUACUGCCAAGUCGCUGAGUGCCGACCCUAACUUACCUAAUGGAAAAAAUCAGUUGGCAGCAGCUGCAAGGGCUGUAACAGAUAGUAUCAACCAUUUAGUAAAUGUAUGCACAUCGGCCGCUCCUGGGCAAAACGAAUGCGACAACGCCAUUCGCAAAAUCCAGGCGAUGCGUUACCUUCUCGAAAAACCGAGCGAACCCAUCAGCGACUAUUCGUACUUCGAGUCUCUGGAUUGUGUCAUUAGCAAAAGCACCGUUUUGGGAGAGGCACUUAAAGGCAUGACAGAUUCGGCCAGGAACAAUUGGCACGAAAAGUUCGCCGAACACGUAAAGAACUUUAGCGGAGAUAUUUGCAGUUUAGUGGAGAUUGCCGCCCAAACCGCUUAUUUAGUGGGUAUAAGUGACAGUACAUCUAUAGCAGGCAGACCGGGCUUAGUAGACCAAGCUCAGUUCGCGAGAGCUUCCCAGGCAAUUAAAAAAGGUUGCGAGGCUCUCACCACAUCGUCCAGCCCCCAAAAGCAAGUGCUAGAGGCCGCCACUAUCAUCGCAAAACACACGAGCGCUUUGUGUACUUCCUGCAGGAUUGCCAGUUCUAAAACAACAAAUCCUGUAGCUAAACGACAGUUUGUCCAGAGCGCGAAGGCCGUUGCCAAUUCUACGUCCGCAUUGGUAAAGGAAAUUAAGGCUUUAGACAGUGAAUAUACUGAAGGGAAUAGGAGAAGAUGUGCUGAGGCUACUAGACCUUUGUUGGAGGCCGUGGAAGACUUAUGUAUAUACGCCAGUUCAAGUGAAUUUGUAACGAUCCCAGCAAAGAUUUCAAUCCAAGCCAGAGAAGCACAAAAGCCCAUAGUAGGAGCAGGAAAUUCUCUUAUUGACAGUUCGUGUUCAGUAAUUUCCGUUGCUAAAAAUCUUGUGGUUAUGCCAAAAGAUCCGUCAACUUGGCAACAGUUUGCCAAAAGCUCCAAAGAUGUUUCUGAUUCGAUAAAAUCUCUGGUUGCUAACAUUAGAAAUGGAGCGCCAGGUGGGAACGAAUGUCUGCAAGCGGGUCAAAUUUUAAAUAACCAUUUGAAGACUUUAGAUGCUGCUUACAUGGAUGCGGUUUCUCAGUCUUUACAGCCGAGAAGGACGGCAACGUUGCCCGUGUUUAGUCAGCAAGUUGAACGUGCUGCAGCUGGUUUAACAGAUACAAUCGAACCUUUACGCCACGCAGCCAAGUACGAAGCCGAAAAUAUCGGACACACCGUGAACCAAAUGAUCCAGUAUUUCGAGCCCUUAGUUCAGAGCACCAUCGGUGCAGCUUCGAACAUGACCAAUUCGAAACAACAGGAACAACUUUUAAACCAGGCCAAAUCCGUGACCGAAAGCGCGUUACAGUUCGUAUACUCUACCAAAGAUUGCGGCGGCAAUCCUCAAGCCAAAAACAUUCACCAAGAUAUAGAUGAAACUGCCGAUUUAACCAAACUGGCCAUCCAAGACCUCGUGCAAUCGCUAGAAGUCAUUUCCACCCAGAGCGGUAUAGUCUCCGGGGUAGUGGACAACUUAACACGUGCAAUGACAAAACUGUCGGACCACAGGGCCUCCCUUAUUAUAUCAGACAGUGAUAACUACGUAGAUUACCAGACAAGGAUGGUGGAGUGUGCCAAAGAAAUCGCCAAGAUUUCGGGCGAAUUAGCAACAAAAGCGGCCACCGAUACCCAACAACUGGCCACUUUGUCUGCCCAGCUUUCGCACAAGUACAUGCAGUUGUCCAACGACAGUAUUGGAGCGGCUGCCGCUGCAACUAAUGGCGAAGUUGCUAUUCGUUUAAAGGAGGUGGUACAGCACUUGGGCGGAGCUUGCGUAGACUUAGUGCAAGCAAGCGGACAAUGUCUGAUAAGCAAAGACGAUAUUAAUUUGAGAGAAGUGGGCGAAUGUUCUAGAACAGUUAACGAGAAGGUUGCUACUGUUUUGGCAACCCUGCAGAGUGGAUCCAGAGGAACUCAAGCUUGUAUUAACGCGGCAUCCACAGUAUCCGGAAUAAUAGGUGAUCUGGAGACAACAAUCAUGUUCGCUACAGCAGGAAAUCUUAAUACGGACAACGAAAAUGAAUCGUUUGCUGAUCAUAGGGAGAACAUUCUGAAAACUGCUAAGGCUUUAGUAGAAGAUACGAAAACUUUAGUGGCUGGUGCCGCUAGUGAUCAGGAACAGUUGGCUGUCGCUGCCCAAAAUUCUGUUGCGACUAUUGUGAAACUGGCAGAAGUCGUCAAGUUUGGGGCGGCCAGUUUGGGUUCCGACAACCCAGAUUCACAAGUGAUGUUAAUAAAUGCAGUCAGAGAUGUCGCCAGCGCCCUGGGCGACUUAAUUCAUGCUACAAAAGCGGCGAGCGGUAAACCCAUCAACGACCCCGCCAUGUCCCAUUUGAAGGACAGUGCCAAGAUUAUGGUGACCAACGUGACGUCACUUCUUAAAACUGUGAAAGCUGUCGAAGACGAGCACACAAGAGGAACCAGAGCUUUGGAGUCAACUGUUGAAGCGAUCGGCCAAGAAAUGAGGUCCCUUUACUCAAGCGAAGGAUGCCGCGCCAACGUCACAGUCGAAGACCUAAUCCGUUGUACUAAGAACAUCACCAAUGCUACCGCUAAAUCAGUAGCAGCAGGAAUCAGCAAUAAACAGGACGACAUAAUUGCUGCAGCCAAUCUUUCGAGAAAAGCCAUAUCAGAUAUGUUAAUCACAUGUAAGAGUGCCGCAUUUACUUUAGCGGAAACGAACGAAUUAAGGGAGGAAACUUUGAAAACGGGUCACGAUUGCGCCAAAGAUUUCAGACAAUUGUUAAUGACUAUCUUAGAGGGCAACGGAUCAGCGGAUAUGAAACAGACUUUAUUGAUUAUUUCUAGGAGAAUUGCCCAGUCCGUUACGGAACUCGUUAGUGUGGCGAAGAAACUUAAAGGCUCAGACUGGGUAGACCCGGACGAUCCGACCGUAAUUGCCGAAAAUGAACUAUUAGGAGCUGCAGCUUCAAUUGACGCUGCCGCCAAGAAGUUAGCCAAUCUCAGACCCCGCGAAACCCCUAAGACGCAAGACAACCUGGAAUCGAUGAACUUUGACGAAAUGAUCUUGGAAGCCGCGAAAUCCAUUACGGCGGCCACUUCUGCCCUAAUUAAAGCCGCCAGUGCUGCCCAGAGGGAACUUAUUGAUAGCGGUAAAAUGUCGAGAUACCCAAUUUCUUCAUCUGAUGAUGGGCAGUGGUCUGAAGGACUCAUAUCGGCGGCAAGACUCGUUGCCGCUGCUACACAUAGCUUGGUUGAAACUGCUAAUGCUUUAGUGCAAGGUAUGGGAAGUGAAGAUAAACUAAUAGCCGCAGCUAAACAAGUAGCGAGCUCCACCGCUCAUUUGCUGGUGGCAUGUAAAGUGAAAGCAGAGGGCGACACAGAAGCUACAAGAAGGCUACACGCGGCUGGCAAUGCUGUUAUUAGAUCUACCGAUAAUUUAGUGAGGGCUGCCCAGCAAGCCAAACAAGUUGAAGAAGAACGGUACUUGGUUAUUAAUAGAAGAAUGGUGGGAGGUAUUGCGCAGGAGAUCAACGCCCAAUCGGAGGUUUACAGGAUAGAACGUGAACUGGAGGAGGCUCGAAAUAGGGUGGUGGCCAUUAGGAGUGCUAAAUAUAGGCAAAAAGGUUAUGACACAUCUGGAGAUGAAACUGACGGCUAUUUAAGUUCGGCACCCGAACAAGAUUCACGCUUCGGACAACACACUCUGGACCGUUCCCGCUCGCCAUACAACCAGUCAUCUAACAAGUACUACCAGCAAACAGACACGUACAGCCACUUGGAAAGUCCCGAAAAAAUCUCUUCUCUGGACCGUCAACGUAAACCUAGCCCCGCUCUUCUGAACGCUAUCAACGAUUUAGACCAAGCAGUUUACGGCGGAAACAACAGUUAUGGUCAAAAAGACUUGUAUGGCACCUCUUACGAAACAUACAGCAGCCCUAGCAAGUCGCCCAUCUAUAAAACUCCUGCUUAUGGUACUGCCAGUACCUUCCAGCCUCAAACCGCUAGUACCCCGGGUCAUUAUGGAUCUUUGAACGCUCCUAGAUAUGGAAGUUUAAAUAUUUCACCAAAGCCUUUUAGUACUUCGCCUCAACCCCCUCACUCACCAAGUUAUAGCGCUGGCAAGUUGGAGGGUCAGAGUAGUGCCGAUACGGUUGCGCGUACAUUUAAGCCUCCUACUUUAACUAGUUUCGAUCGUCCUAAUUCUGAUGGUUACACCAGUUCUGAAUAUACUACAAACACUUUUAAAACCCCUGAGGGAUACAGGACAGACAGUUACAAGUAUGAGUAUUAUCAAGGAGAGCCAAAAACCACUUAUUCAACAAGUACUGAGAAGUACUACACUACAAGUACUGCCAAAGGUGACAAAGGCGCCCUGGGUGCCCCUAACGCAUUUGGAACCUUUAAAAAUGGAGCCGAUGAACAGUACCAAAGUUCUUUUUCUUCAAAUGUCGAGUAUAUCAGUGAACCGCCUGUUUUAAGAGAUAAUGAUACUCUGGAGCAGAAAUUGCUCAAAAAAUCGGUCAGUGAGCAGGUGUUUGAGAAAAAAACAACUACGACCAGCAGAACGACUAAGCAGGAGUCUCAUAUGAAAACAUUUAAGUUUCAAUAACAAAACGGUUUAAGUCAUUUCACUAUAUUUGCAAUGUUAUUUUAAAAGGCUGCCUUAUUAAUAAUUAUAAAGAUAGUUCUAAGUAUCUUUUCCAAGUGGUGCUAGCUGCAAAUAACCAAAAAAAAAAUGUAAAUAAUUUCAGAUAUUUUGACGUUUGGAAACAUGUAUCUCGAAAUAAUUUCUUCACGUGAAUUAACCAAAAAAAAAGAAAUAAUAAAUGUAUAUGUAUUUUGUUGUAGAAUUUUUAUUAUUAUUAUUAUGUGCCAAUAAUAACUGUUUUAUGUUGUAUUGUUCAAAGCUUAACCGUCUAAUUUGUUUUAGUUAAGUGCCUUAAAUAUUCGAAUAUUGUAUAAUAUGAAACAUUUAAUUAAUCUAUACUUAAUGAGAGACUUAAUAUUUAGUAAUUUUACACAAUUUCAAAAGUGCCUAACUGAAGCUUGUACUGUGGUUUUUAAAAACAUCUACCAAGAGUGCCUAAAAACACAAUUUAUAUAAUUUUUUUACUAAACGCACAAACGGAGCAAUUUUUAGAAAAGUAUUUUAUAUUAGGACUGUUCUUGAUGGACUUAACAUUAUUGUUUUUCUUUUCUUUAUUAAUUAUUGUGUUAAAAAAUAUACACUUAACAAUG